ACGCCGUAUUCGUCGACACAGCUCUGUGAAGGGUUGACAUUUUUCCAAAUGGCAAAAUGUAAAAUCCUACCUAAAUCGAUAUAUUUUGAAAGAAAUUGAAUUUUAUAGAAGUCUAUCAUUCAUGUUACUUUAUUUUCCAUUAGGAUUUGGAAGCGCCUAUUAAUAUGGUUAGAAAGUAGCGAAAGUAAACCUAAUUGAGAGGUUAUGGUAAUGUUAAAAACAAUGCAGUGGUGUUUUCGCGUUCUCUUCAAAACAAAAUGCACGUGAAUGGUGUCUUGUUCCCGUAUGUCCCGGUUGGCUUUUUAUACAGCUGAACAUCUUCUAAGAUUGUGAAGUGAGGAGACGUCGGUAAAAAUGAAGGAAUUAUCAAAGCCUUUACUGGAAGGCGUAGAAGAAUUUGAAAUCGUUCUGGCAACGUACGAGAAUUUUGUUCUUGGCUACUCAUUUCGAAGGCUGCAGGAUGACCUAUUUUGUCUUGUGCAGAGCUUUGCGAAUUCAGGUCAUCGUGCGUCUGUACGGACUGUGGCGAGUGGGGGCAAAUUCAUGGCAUCCGGCUCCUCAGACGAAACUAUCCAAUUAUAUAACAUGGCAAGUCGCAAGGAGAUGGGAAGUCUUGUGAAGCAUGACGGAACAAUCAACGCGCUCAGGUUUCAUGGCCAGACACAUCUCUUUUCUGCUAGCGAUGACGGCACAAUUUGCGUCUGGGAUACAGGAAGUUGGCAGUGUCUCAGAACGCUCAAGGGGCACAAACAAGCCGUUAAUGAUAUUGCCGUCCAUUCAUCAGGCAAACUUUUACUAUCAGUCUCUAGAGAUAAAUCUCUAUACACAUGGAAUCUGGUCAAGGGUCGACCCGCGUUUAUCACGAAUAUCAAAGUGGAGGCUUCACGUGUUGAGUGGUGUCCCACCGACGGACCUGGCGACCUUUUUUUGGUGAUCCAUGCAAAUCAAUGCGAUAUCUAUUCAACCGCCGCCGGUGGAAUCGUGGGAAGCAUUGACUUUGGCAAAAAAAUAUCCGAUCUCGCAUUUAUCGGUAGACAUCUCGUGCUGAGCGGUGAAGAGGGCAAGGUGAACAUAUUCGAUCUGUCAGUGAGAGAUGACCUCGGCAGAGUGGCUCCGUCGUGUUUGGUUGACUUCAAUGCCGACCCAUCAGGAGCGCGUAUAAAAUGUGUAGCUUAUGCAGGCCCUUCUGAGCUAAUGGGAUGCCAUUACCUCGUCACAGCCACCAGCGAAGGAGUGAUUACCGUGUGGCGCGUUAACAUCGCAAGUGAAAGCAGUGACGACAAAAAUAAAGUACGUCAACUCACAAACACGACAGCAGGUUGCAGGGUGACGGCAUGUGACAUCUACAUAAAAGCAACUGAAAGUGAUGGACCCUCAGCAGGCGAUGACCGCAAGGCCGCGGCAAAACAGGAAACAGUGUUAAAAAAAACAACUGCUACAAAGAAAAGACCGUCGAAAAGCGAAAAUUAUCAAAAAAAAAUAGACGAACGACGACAACAACAAUUCAUCGUCGAACCGAAAAAGAUUAGGACCCUAGACAUAAAACAAGUAAGGAAACCGGGCACUGUCAAAGGCAAGAAGACAUAAAUAACGUAGUGAAAAUAGAACUCGCGCCAGACCAAGUUGCGGCUAUUGCGAUAAAAAAAAUGUAAAAAAAUACUUUGUACACAUGUCAUAUUGCAGAAUAAAAAACAAUGAUGACAUUCUCAUGAGCUAGGUCGGCUAUGACAUGCAAACUGACACGUUGGCAGAAAUUACGUUUGGACUGCCGUUGUGAUAAUGACAAUCUCUUUGUAAAACCUUUAGACCAACUGUUAUAUCAGACACACUUCAAAGAUUUGUGUCUGAGUGGUGCAUUACAAAAACGUAUAUCAGGCAAUCAAAGAGAAGCAAGGCAAAUUAGUAGUUGCAUAUUCGUGUAUCAUAAGUAAUGAAAUUUAACGCCGUAAGGGCCUAUUUAUUAUCAUAAUGAGGUAUUACAUUAAUCUGUAUAUCAAAAAGAAACAAAGUACAAGACGCGUAUAUAUUGAUUCUUUGAUUAAGAAAGACUAGUAUAACAAUUUGCUGCCGCACAUUUAAAAAUUGUGUUUGAGCGGCAGCGAAUUUAUGCGAUACGCCAUACGAAUUAGGUGCCUCCGGUUCAAAUAAAAAUGUACUGAAUUAUAAAAUGGGCUAACACUGAGGCGCUCGUUUAAAAUGGUUUAGUUAUUUCAUGAACGUUAGCUAGAUUGUAUUGUGCUAUAAAAUAAAUACUUCAAAUAAAUCCAUGAUGCAGGAAAUAUAGAAUCACAGGCGAGUAUUCUAAUCCUGCUGUUCAUAGUUUGUUUCUCACGUAGGUAGUUUCAUCCGGUAAUUGUUUACUAUAAAUAAGGAACUACUGAUUUAUAUUAAAUCAGUUGAUUAUAAU